GUGGGGAUUCUGCUCAGAUGUUUCAGGGAAGCCUCCAGGGAAUCAUAACAGGAGACUUCUGUGCUCUUCCUGCAACAGGCCUCAUCGUUCCCACAGGCUCACAGAGGAAGGUAAGUUUGCAUUUCAAACCCUUCUUUACUUCAGAAAGAAUAGAUCUUUUUUCUGCAUGCCAUACUUUUUCUUCUUUCACAAAAUUUGUUCAAACUCUGGCUGACAAUAUGUAUACUUAACAGUAACACUGCAAAUCAGUCAGGGGUAUGAAAAAGUAAAAACGCCACAGCAGCUGCUUUUACUGUCCAUAUUUUACACUCCCGCAACAGUGUCACCAUGGUAACAGGAUAAAUUAUCCACUUUCCUGACAAAUAUUUGACUGAGAGAUCGAACACAAAUUACAUUGUGAGAACACAGUGCAUCUAAGUCUCAAACCUGCAGUUAAAAAACAAAACAAAAACAGGAACAGAUUCAUGCUGUCAUGUGUCCAGGAGUGCAGGUGUUAAGUUUGUCUCUACCUCCCACUCUGUGGCUGAGCGAAAACGAAACGUUCAGGUUCCUGUUUCAUGCAGGAUAUAUGCACGUUCAACAGAAAAGUUCUCAUCCCAUCAGUUUGGACUAUAAAUUGCUUUUGCUCUUUGUCACACAUCAGACCUCUUUGUCCCAGGAUGCGUUUGAUGGUGUGUACGUUGGGUCUUUUUAUGGCCCUGCUGCAUUUGACCGCCUCUCUGUUGUUGGGUGCCUUCAACAUCAAGUCAUUCGGAGACAAGAAAGCUUCCAACACGACUCUGAUGAACCUCAUCAGCACGGUCAGGAACUGGAAUUACAGCCAUUAUUCUUUUUUUCUUUAUAUCACAUACUUAAACAUUUGAAAUAUAAGGUUAAUUUGACUUUGCAGAGAGUUGAGCUCAUUACCAAUUCAAUCAAAGCUUUCGGUUUGGUGCAAGCUCUGUUUUGUCCAAAAGGAAUUGGAGAAGGGAUUAAAGACAGUACCUUACCUCCUUUUUUUUUAUUCAAUAUUUUUGGUUUUUUUUAAGUUUCAAACUCUUAAUUCCACAUCUCUCUUGACACACUGCUGUUUAGACACAAGCUUUGUGUAGUUGCACGAGCCUUACCGCGGUUGACCUCCUUUUUAUUGCUUUAGUGCUUCUUAUCUGUCAAGUAAAAUAACUCAGACAGAUGAUUUUUUUUCCUGGAAAACAAGUUCAUGUUUUUGUUUUUCAGAUCGUCCAUCGCUAUGACAUCAUUCUGAUCCAGGAGGUCAGAGACAAUGAUCUGUCGGCCACCAAAAAACUCAUGGAGCAUGUCAACAAGUCAGACUAACCACAAACAUUUAGUGUUGAAUGAUCAUGGUCUGAGCCAUGUUCAAUAAAUUACAUGAAAAUUUGUUUUAAAAAAAAUCACAAAAAAGCUACCAUUCAUGUCCCUUAUCUAUGUAUCUCAUGUGUGUAUUUGUGUGUGUUUUCCCAGAGGUUCUCCUCAGUUCAGGUAUGAUUACAUCACCAGUGAGCCUCUGGGUCGCAGCUCCUAUAAGGAGAGAUAUCUCUUCCUGUACAGGUACACAGAGGGGCAAAAACAAACUCAUCACAACAAUCAAACUUUUUUAAGUCUUUACUUUCCUCUGCUCUGCACCUGUAUCUUUUUCUUCUGUGAAGUCCUGAACAUCAAUGAAAGUGGACAAUCCUCCACAAAACUCAAACUAAAAAUAUUUCAAGCAAUCAAUCUUUACUUAUACAGUUUACAACAAGUGUUAUCCCAAGACACUUGUCAAAAAAAGACCUACUUCAUUAACAAUAAUCCAAUGUAAAGAUUGGUUAGAUCAGACCCACUCCCAAAAUUAUUCAGUUACAGUGGAGAGGAAAAACUUCCUUUAACAGGCAGAAACCUCGAGCAAAACCAGACUCAUGUUAGACAGCCAUCUGCUGAGACUGCAUUUGUUUUAGAGAGAUGACAGAGGGAGAUGGAGAAAGAGCAAGAUGUUAUUCAUUUUAGAAAGCAUUUUAAUUUUUCUGUGAAUUAUUGCAACACCAGGUCGUAUUGCUUGAAAUUUAAAGAAUGGCUGAGUGACAUUUACAGUAAUAGGCAUAGUACACUCCAAGUGUAUUUUAUAAAGGAGGAAGUGGUCAUGAUAGCUUCCACUUCACACAUAUAUCAUAUACAGUACAGGCCAAAAGUUUGGACACACCUUCUCAUUCAAUGUCUUUUCUUUAUUUUUUUAUAUGACUAUUUACAUUGUAGAUUAUUACUGAAGGCAUUAAAACUAUGAAUGAACACAUGUAGAAUUUUGUACUUAUAAAAAAAGUGUGAAAUAACUGAAAACAUGUUUUAUAUUCUAGUUUCUUUAAAAUAGCCACCCUUUGCUCUUGAUGACAGAAGUACCUUGUCAGGGUUACUUCAGCCACUCCUGUGAAGUAAAAAACAUUUCAGGUGACUACCUCAUGAGGCUCACUGAGAGAACAGCUAAAGUUUGCAGCGCUAUCAAAAAAGCAAAGGGUGGCUACUUUGAGGAAUCUAAAAUAUAAAACAUGUUUUCAGUUAUUUCACACUUUUUUCUUAAGCACAUGAUUCCACAUGUGUUCAUUCAUAGUUUUGAGAAUCUACAAUUUAAAUAGUAAUGAAAACAAAGAAAAUGCAUUGAAUGAGAAGGUGUGUCCAAACUUUUGGCCUGUACUGUAUAUUCAUAUACUUACUUUUCUACUUGUGUUAGGCAUUACAAAACAUAUGUUUGUAUCACUUUAUCAUCAAUACAGCAGUGUUAUGACCUCCUUUCCCACAUUUAUACCCUAGAAUAGAUCAUAACACGUUACACUGUCAUUCACUUACCCACUCAGAUAGAGUAAAUCUGCCCUCUAUUGGCCUUCAAGAGAAACACAAUAACCACAGUUCACUAAGUUAAUGAACAGUUUGAAAUGUUUUGUGUUUCCUGCACAGAGAGCAGACAAUAUCUGUGGUAAAAAACUACACCUAUGAUGAUGGAUGUGAGCCGUGUGGAACAGACACCUUCAUCAGAGAGCCUUUCGUCGUCAUGUUCUCCUCCACUGAGACCGGUAGGUUCUGUGUCAAAACUGAAAACACAGAAGGAGAUAGUGUUUAGUGACAAUAAAAUGCCAGUGAUUAAGAUUUUAAUGUUUUGUUUUUUUUUCUGUGAUCAGUGGGCAUGAGUACUUGUGUUUCAAGAGAUAUUUGCGCCAUAUUAAAAAUAACAAGACAAAGAAGGAUGAUGUAGUGAAGUUGACCUUUCACUUUGAAAGAAAAAAACAUAAUCCUUUGGUCUUUACCUGGUAGUUUGACCCAAUAUGAUUCGGAGAUAAAAGCAACCUUGCCCUUCAUGAAAUCUCUGCAACUUUUUAUUUCUAUCGUAGAGGUUACAUGCCACUUUUUACAACAAGCUUUGCUGUAUCCAAAAUUCUGGUUUCUUCUCUCCUUUUCAUCCUUCCUUCCUGCUUUGUAGCUGUGAGGAACUUUGUCCUGAUCCCUCAGCACACCUCUCCAGACUUUGCUUUGGAGGAGACAGACAAACUGUACGAUGUGGUGUCUGAUGUCCGUGCACGCUGGAACACCAAUGUGAAUACACUGGUCUACUACACAAACACAGACACAAACUAAAGGAAACUUUAAUAAAUAGAGGAGAAUGCAGAAAGUGCUAAAUUUAAGUAUGUACGAGGGGUGAGAGUGAUUUAACUGUUCUCCUCUUGCUUCAGGACAUCGUGCUGCUGGGUGACUUUAAUACCGGGUGUAAUUAUGUGUCAGGCUCAGACUGGGACAAGAUCCGGCUCUUCACUGAUAAGAGCUUUCACUGGCUCAUUGGUGAUGAGGCUGACACUACAGUAUCACACACUAACUGCCCUUAUGACAGGUAAACACAAACACACACAAGCAGACACUUGCAUACACACACUUACAUGAACUCUGAAUUCCCUCUUUCUAUAUUUGCAGGAUUGUGGUCACAGAUGACAUGAAGGAGGGAACGGUGUAUGGCAGCGCCCAGGUCUACGACUUCAUGGAAGACUUGGAUCUCAGCCUCAGUCUGGUAAGCAAAGCUCUAAUGUCAGUGCAUCUGGAGAAGAAAGUUGCCCCUCACAGAAGGCUGAGACUCAAAACUUUUUUGUUGUCUUUGUAUCCUUGUAGUGUGGUAUCACUGUUCUUCUAAGGAAACCUCUGUUGAUAUAAAAGUAACAAAGAUGUUUUAUCCUAUCACACUUGUGUAGAUGCAUUGGGUAAAAUUACAUUAUAGUGAUAUUAUGGUAAAUGUUACAUCCUACAAAAAUCAAUUAGGACUAUCAAAGACUGUUUGGUAAAGCUAUUUUUUCAUCAGAAUUUAUUUCCUAAGUAUUGCUGUAAAACAUUUUAUGAAAUCAACCAACUGUGUGUUUAAAUUUCUUCAUUUUGCUUUGCAAAACAGUUUAUUUCUUAAUAGUGAGGAGAAGUAAAGAAAUUGUCACCAAUGUCAUGAUUUGGGAAUCAAAUGAAUGGAAUAAAAUAGAAUUUAUGACCUUGGCAGAUUUCAAAUAAAUGCUGCACUGUUGUGGUCUGAAACUAUAACUUAGAGGUAGACUGCCACAGAAUGAUUUAUCUACAGGUCUGUGGAUAAAACACUCAAAAUCAGUCAUCUCAGCUUCUGUUGUCCGCUGACAUCAGUCUGACCAGUUGUACAGAGCUAUGUGUGGAGUUAAUAGUUGGUAUUGAAACUCUGAGUGUUACUUUUAACUUGUCAGCUGAUUUGGCUGAAAGUCUGUGAGUUUUGUGGAGUGACAUGUGCAGUAGUGUUGUUUUUUCCCAUCACAUCAGCAGGUAGACAGAAGAAGCUGCACUAGCUUAUCUACAGAGAGCCAAAAGCGACUAAACUUCCUGCGAUGUUUCCUGUCUGUCUUCCAGGCAUUGGCCGUCAGUGAUCAUUAUCCUGUGGAGGUGAAGCUGGCUCCUGUAGCCUGAAUCUUGACUUCUUUGACCUUUUAAGAAGGGCCUCUAGGUUCAGUCUCAGCUGAGUACACCAUAAAGUAACUGUAAAACUGUGAAAUCAUAAACAACAAGAUCUUAAUAAACAAGUAUACCAGAGUUUUUCAUUACAUACUUGCUUUUUGGGACAGACUGUUUGAAAAGAGUGUCAUGAAAAAUCUCUUUUGAGCAUCACCUAUGAUUAGAUCCAGACACCACAUAUAACCUGUACGAAUUAAGACAUGAUCCCAAAAUAAAUCACUGCUUUAGUGAUUUCUUCAGUGUUUGAACCCACACCAACACAAAUAGACUCACCAGAAUUUUAUUAGGAUCAAAGCUCUUGGCACAUAAAACUGACAUGAAGCUGACCCUGCUGCUCACCCUGGUAAAGCAAGACUUGAUUU